GAACCCGAACCCGAACCCGAACCCGAACCCGAACCCGAACCCGAACCCGAACCCGAACCCGAACCCGAACCCGAACCCGAACCCGAACCCGAACCCGAACCCGAACCCGAACCCGAACCCGAACCCGAACCCGAACCCGAACCCGAACCCGAACCCGAACCCGAACCCGAACCCGAACCCGAACCCGAACCCGAACCCGAACCCGAACCCGAACCCGAACCCGAACCCGAACCCGAACCCGAACCCGAACCCGAACCCGAACCCGAACCCGAACCCGAACCCGAACCCGAACCCGAACCCGAACCCGAACCCGAACCCGAACCCGAACCCGAACCCGAACCCGAACCCGAACCCGAACCCGAACCCGAACCCGAACCCGAACCCGAACCCGAACCCGAACCCGAACCCGAACCCGAACCCGAACCCGAACCCGAACCCGAACCCGAACCCGAACCCGAACCCGAACCCGAACCCGAACCCGAACCCGAACCCGAACCCGAACCCGAACCCGAACCCGAACCCGAACCCGAACCCGAACCCGAACCCGAACCCGAACCCGAACCCGAACCCGAACCCGAACCCGAACCCGAACCCGAACCCGAACCCGAACCCGAACCCGAACCCGAACCCGAACCCGAACCCGAACCCGAACCCGAACCCGAACCCGAACCCGAACCCGAACCCGAACCCGAACCCGAACCCGAACCCGAACCCGAACCCGAACCCGAACCCGAACCCGAACCCGAACCCGAACCCGAACCCGAACCCGAACCCGAACCCGAACCCGAACCCGAACCCGAACCCGAACCCGAACCCGAACCCGAACCCGAACCCGAACCCGAACCCGAACCCGAACCCGAACCCGAACCCGAACCCGAACCCGAACCCGAACCCGAACCCGAACCCGAACCCGAACCCGAACCCGAACCCGAACCCGAACCCGAACCCGAACCCGAACCCGAACCCGAACCCGAACCCGAACCCGAACCCGAACCCGAACCCGAACCCGAACCCGAACCCGAACCCGAACCCGAACCCGAACCCGAACCCGAACCCGAACCCGAACCCGAACCCGAACCCGAACCCGAACCCGAACCCGAACCGAAC